CCUGGGAAAGUGAGCUUCAUUGAAUCGUCGGCUGUCAGAAUCACACGUUAACGCUCCGACAUUUUUACUCGCCGGAAGAAUGAGAUCUUGCACGCUUAUAUUUGUCGCUCUUGCGACUAUCCUUCUGUGCACUAAAUAUAUUAAUGCAUUUGAAAUAUGUGCUGAAGAAAAUUGUUUUACAUCUGAUGAAAAGCUGACGAAAUGCGAGCAAGAAAGUCCACUUUUAUGCAAGCAACAGGGUACCACGUGCUGCAGCGUAGUUAAAUCAAAAUUCAGAACCCAUUGCCGUCAACAUGGUGGAGCAUGUAUGGAUGAAUGCGCUCCGAAUCUGCAGCGUACCGUGAUCAACUGUCCGAACGGUCAAGUCUGUUGUGUUUUGGUUUAAACAAUCUAAAUGAAAUUUUUAUAACUAGCGGUUUAUAUAGCGGUUUAUAUAUAUAUAUAUAUAUA